UUUAGACAUCCCCACUGCAUUUUCUCCUCAAAUACCUUACCCCAUUCAAACCCCACCUUGCUCAUUCCCUCCUCCCCCAACAUCUUUCUCUUUCUCUCUCUUCUCUCUCUCUCUCUCUGUGAGCCAUGGGAAGCCCAGAGUUUGGUGAAAUUCUACACAGAGUGAAUUUCUCAGCCCCAAGAAACUUUGCAACCUCCCUCAAAAGUGAUAUUAAGGAGACCCUGUUUCCUGAUGAUCCAUUUAGGGAAAUAAGGAAGGGAUCAGCAGGAAAAAGAACAUGGGCCACUCUUAAAUAUUUCCUCCCAAUUCUUGAAUGGGUUCCCCAUUACAGUUUUCGGACUUUUCGAUCUGAUUUCAUAGCAGGUAUCACCAUUGCCACCCUUGCUAUCCCUCAAGGGAUAAGCUAUGCUAAGCUCGCCAACAUUCCUCCCAUUAUAGGAUUAUAUUCAAGCUUUGUCCCUCCAAUUAUAUAUACGGUGUUUGGGAGCUCCAAAGUGUUGGCGGUUGGCACGGUUGCGGCCGCAUCUUUGCUGACUGCUUCGAUUGUUGGGGCUAAAGUAUCUGCGGAUGAGGAUCCUGCUUUGUAUAUUAGUUUGGUUUAUACGGCCACUUUGUUUUCUGGCCUCUUUCAACUUAUAAUGGGCUUCUUCAGGCUCGGGUUUUUGGUGGACUUCCUCUCUCAUGCAACAAUAGUGGGAUUCAUGGGGGGAGCUGCAACAAUCGUGAUUAUGCAGCAGCUGAAAGCAUAUUUAGGCCUCAAGCAUUUCACUACCAAAACAGAUCUAAUUUCCGUCAUGAAAUCGAUAUUUUCACAGAAGAAUGAGUGGAGAUGGGAGAGUGCCUUGCUAGGAGGGAUCUUCCUCUUCUUCCUUCUUCUAGCACGCUAUGUGAGUAAAAAGAGGCCACGUUUAUUUUGGAUAUCAGCAGUGACCCCUCUCCUGAGCGUCAUUAUUGCCAGUCUUUUUACUUUCCUCAUCCAUGCAGAGAACCACGGCAUUCAAAUUGUUGGCGAGUUGAAGAAAGGAUUGAAUCCGAUAUCCAUAAGCCAAUUAAACUUCUCUGAUUAUUUCCCUACAACCAUAAAAACCGGCCUAAUCACUGGAUUUUUGGCAUUAGCAGAAGGGAUUGCAGUUGGAAGGAGCUUUGCCAUGUUUAAAAAUGAUAAUAUUGAUGGGAACAAGGAGAUGAUAGCCUUCGGAAUGAUGAAUAUCGUUGGCUCUUGCACUUCUUGCUACCUGACCACAGGUCCAUUUUCAAGGUCAGCUGUGAACUUCAAUGCCGGUUGUAAGACAGCCAUGUCUAAUGUGGUUAUGUCAGUUGGCGUGAUGUUAACUCUCCUCUUUCUCACUCCUCUUUUUCACUACACCCCUCUUGUGGUCCUGGCGGCCAUCAUAACAGCAGCCAUGCUUGGCUUGAUUGAUUACCAAGCAGUUCACCAUCUCUUCACUGUCGACAAGUUUGAUUUUUGUGUGUGCAUGGCUGCCUACUUGGGUGUAAUCUUGGCUAGCAUGGAUAUUGGCCUCAUGGUAGCUGUUGGGAUUUCUAUUUGUAAGGCACUUCUUUAUGUGGCUAGGCCAGGGACUGCCAUGCUUGGGAACAUGCCAGAAACUGGAAUGUACAGGGACAUGGCGCAAUACCCUUGUGCAACUAGGGUUCCAGGAAUUCUCAUCCUCCAGUUGGGUUCUCCAAUCUACUAUGCCAAUUCUAGCUACUUGAGGGAAAGGAUCGCAAGGUGGUUCAUUGAAGAGCAAGACUACAUAUCUCAGACCAGUGGGGAAAGCGUAGAAUAUGUUGUUCUUGAUCUCAGUGGGGUCACGAGCAUCGACACCAGUGGGAUAAAUAUGCUCGACGAGGUCAGGAAGCUAUUCGAGAAAAAAGGGGUGAAGCUUGCACUAUGCAACCCCAGAGUGGAGGUGACAGACAAAUUCGUGCUCUCACAAUUUGUGGAGACAAUAGGGCCAGAAUGGCUAUUCUUGACUGUCAAGGACGCAGUGGCAACUUGUGGCUUCCUCUUGCACACAACAAAAGAAGGCAAUAAACAAAAAUUGAAUCCCAUGGCAACCGGUGGCUUUGCAAAUGAUAGUAACCAUUAGUUUUUCUUUCUUUUUUUAUGCAAUGUGUGGAUGACAAACCCUUAUUGUAUGCUAGGAAGAACCCCAUGAAUAGUUAGUAGAAUUGGAGCAUAUAUCAAAGCUUAGCUACAAAGGUGCUUAGUCAAGUGACUCCAUUGAUGAAAAACAAUUAAUAAGCUUCUUCACUAAGGGGUCGUUUGGAUACCUGGAAAUAUAUUGUUUGUGAAAUAUAUUACUGCCGUAAUACAUUACGCUAUAGAAUGCAUUACUUGCAAA